AUGCUAGCCCGCAUGUCCAACUUCACCAAAGGCCACUGCAACGUGAUCCUCCCCGGCCCCGCCGGCGCGCGCUGCCCCUGCACCACCGGCCGCUGCGCCUUCGACUUCACGGGCGCCGGCGACGUCGAGUCGCUCAAAUGCCACGCCUGCUCGCACCGCAUGUGGGACCACAACGACUCGCUCGGCGCCGACCCCGACCUCGACCUCGAGCUCGACCUCGAGCGCGGGAUCGGCAUUGGCGACCCGCCGCCGUACGAUGAAGGUGAGAGAUGCCCGCCGUCGUCACCGUUCACGAAGAAACGGUGCGACGCAGCAGCAGCAUCAGUUUAUGACGGCGACGACGACGACGACGACGACGACGGGUGCGUUGGAGCUACCCACACAACCAGCGCAAUCGCACAACCACUAUUAUACCAGGAGCACAGAGCCGGUAAGGUACGAUUCGCCGCCGUUGGCGACGACGUACAGCUUCCCGGCGCGCGACAACAAUAUAAAUCUGCCGCAGUACAAUGGGGUGCACCAGGUGCCGCUGUCGAGACCCCCGCCGAGGAGGACUUGUACUGCGAAUUUCCUCAUUGGCGUCAUAUUGGGCUUUGUCAUUGUGGCGACGCCGUUUAUAGCUUACCGUAUCGUGACUUCGAAUUCGUAAUCUGGCCCAGAAAGUGA